GCCCGGCGGCGCUCCGGCAGCGCGAGAGCAGAGCAGAGCAGAGCUGAGAGAGAGAAGGGAUGUCGUGGGAGGAGCGGGCUUCUACACUAAAACUGCGGUAUCUGUUAACCACACUCUCACACGGAGUUUCCACGCGGUAAUUUCCUCAGACUGAGUGUCUGUAGGUCUGAACGGAACCGGAGUCCGGUCGCGGCGGGUCUGUUUGGUCUUGUUUGAACUUGACUUCAGAAGAAGUGAGAGAAGAGAGAGAGAGAGAGACUGAACCCGGCGAAGAGGAGAGGAGAGGAGAAGAGAGGAGAAGAGAAGAGGUAGGCAGCAGCCACUUUGUCAAGAAGAGAAAUGAUGCUGCUGUAAGAGUCACAUAAUGUUUCUCUGCAUGAUGCUGCCGCUUCUUGUGAAUAUCCUUAUUGCUGUACAUGGUGUGUCUGCUUUGAGUCCUGUAAGUAGUUGGCCCGGUCGGUACCAGGACUUUCAGUGGAGGGCUCAGCUGUGCUGUGAGUGGCCUUCAGUUGGGCCUAGUGCCAACACCAAUGAUGCCAGUGCCAGCAGCAGUGUCAAGACUACCAACACAUCAGUCACUCAGAUCAGAGGCCUUCCUGAGUCGGCUUCGUAUCAGUGCAGCAUACAGAACUUCACAAAUGGCAUGGACACCUCCACUGAAUCACAGGGCUUCUCUGCAGAGUGUUUUGACAUCCUGUGCCACCUUGAAGAUGAACAGGCAAACUUAAUUUGUUUUCUAAAGUACCGGAGAGCACCAGACACAAUCACAACCAGUACGUUCACUGUUAACCUGCAGCAAGUUGGAAAGGACCUGACUUUACAUACAGAUGCACCGAUCCACACUAAUCAGACACAGUGUUCUGGGGAGGAUGCCGUCACAUGUUCUAUAGCUGUUCAUGCAGCAAAGGGCUCAGUUUCCCUGCUAAUUAGUGGAUUCAUCAAUGGUCGUUCACUUCAGUCACCAGAGAUGCACAUCAGCACUGAUUACUUACGUAAGCCAGAGCCACCAUUUAAUCUGCAUUAUAAUGUGACCAUUGAGGGUGAGGUGGUGUUCACAUGGAGUGACUCACAGUCUAGUAGAUACCCACUUAACUACGAGAUCCGAUACUCAUCCAACACUUCGCUCCAACACUGGGAGGUGGUGAAUACACAUCAUCCCUGGGUGUCCCUGAAGGAGCUUAGUUCUGGAAUUAUUUACACAGUGCAGGUACGCAGUCAGAGCCCUCAACACCUGCAGUACUGGAGUAACUGGAGCCAACCUUUCUACCUCACACUCAAUGUGAGCUACAUCCCUGCUGAAGUCUUCACCCGACCAGAUGCAGAAGUGACUGUAUACGGUGUAUUUCACAACCACAGCUGGUCUGCCAGAAGGGCUGUGUGGAUGCUGAAUGGCCAGGUGAUCCCAGAAAGCCAGUAUAGAGUGGUCAAUGAGCGGGUCAGUGCGGUCACCAUUAGGUCAAAGGAGCCUGGGUUUGAUACUCUGCUGUGCUGCCACCCAUGGGGGGAGAGAUAUAAAUGCAACAUUGCUUAUGCCAAGGUUUACACAGAAGGACUUUUUGAUGCAAAUAUAACCUGUCAGACUGAUCAGAGGUCAAGAACUGAUUCCAUGACCUGCAAAUGGAAUAAGAGUGCAUGGGCAGUGGUCAGAUUUCUAUACAAAACAUAUAAUGGAAUGUGUGAGGUGAUACCUCCUGAUGAAGGUGUGAUGACUGCAGUGCAGGAGGAUUCAAUGGUUGGGGUGAAGGAGUGCCCAGAUGGAGUAGGAGACUUUCGUGAAUGCACCUUGCAAGGCUUGAGCCUGUUCUCCUGUUACAAGCUAUGGCUAGUGGUGGAAGGAGGACAUGGCAAAGUGAGGUCACGUCCCAUCUUUGUUGCUCCUGUGGAUUAUGUGAGACCGUCUCCACCCUCUGACCUGGAAGGAGACACGUUUCCCAACCAAACCCUGAGUGCGAGUUGGCGGCGUCCACACUUGCCUGCAUAUGAGUUGCAAUAUGAACUGCGCUAUGUUCCUUCACGCAGAAUGGCAGAUUUGCAGUGGAAGGUUGUCGGGCCUUUAAUUGACACAUCGGUCGAAGUUCUGGUAGAGGAUCCAUGCGUUCAGUACGAGGUUCAAGUGCGCUGCAAGAGAUUGCAUGGCUCAGGCUACUGGAGUGACUGGAGCAAGCCUCAUAUGUCUACAGUUUACAGUACUGAAGCACCUGGGAGGGGGCCUGAUUUCUGGCGAGUUAUACAAGAGGACACUGAAAAGAAUCACUCUAAUGUAACUCUGCUUUUCAAGCCAAUCCCAGCAGAGGGUCCAUCCAUCUGUGUGCAGGGUCUUGUUGUUGAGCAUCAGGCCUCAGGGGGUAUCCUGUGGUCAGAUGAUAUGACUCUUGGCUCAUUUUACACAUUUCAGUGGAAAGAGGAAGUCCAUACCAUUACAGUCAUGUCUUAUAAUUCUUUGGGCUCCUCAGUCAAGAAUAGCAACAUGACUCUGGUGCGUCAGCCUAAACGACGAUGUGUGCGUUCGUUCCGUGCUGCAGCCAAUGCUACCUGUGUGUCUCUGUCCUGGACCUUACUGUCUGACCAGCCUCCACCUGCUUCUUUCGUCAUUGAGUGGCUCGAGCUGAAUGGAGACUCUGAACAAGGCACUGGGAGAGUUGAGUGGCUCAGAGUCCCAUCCACCAGUAGGGAUGUUCACAUUUGCCGGCAUUUCUAUGGUACAGAGGUGUUCAGACUGUACCCUGUGUUUGUGGAUGGUGAGGGAGAGCCAGUAAGGUGCAGUGCUGCUCGGAGUGACCCUGCAGCCUACAUGCUCCUCAUGAUUAUUGCCUUCCUCUCUGUCGUGCUGUUUGUCACGUUAAUAAUCUCACAAAACCAAAUAAAGAGACUGAUGUGGAAAGAUGUCCCGAAUCCAAACAACUGCUCCUGGGCUAAAGGGAUGAAUUUUAAAACGAUGGAGGGCACAGACAACCUGUUUGGGCAUCGAGAAGGCCUCACUGCUUGCCCACUCCUGCUGGUGUCUGAAAGUGUCUGUGAAGCGAAGAUCGUUGUUAAACCAAGUGUCUUCGCCGUGGACAAAGACCAAGAGAAAGAAUCCCUUCUCCACUGUUCUGUAGAUGGAGAAGGCAAAAACACCAAUCUCUCAACAGUAGAAGGCUCCUUAGAGCCCCUGUCUAUGGACAUCUCCACUGUAUCUACAACUCCAGAAACAUCUGGCCAGUCAUCAGUAACCUACUCCACUGUUUUGGUCUUUGACCAGCCCAUGCUCCUCAGAAAGCAGCAGGAGAGUUUGAGCAAUUCCAGCGAUGAGGGAAACUUCUCAGCUAAUAACUCUGAUAUCUCUGGUUCCUUCCCUGGAGGCCUGUGGGAGCUUGAGAACCAGUCAUGCUCUGACGGCACCAACCCUCGAAACUCCUCCUCCUAUAACUCUGUGGAGGAGUUUUCUGAAACAUCGGAGCAGGAGGAUGAAACUCUGGAAAGCAGGCGAAUGGCCAAAGAACUCUAUUAUUUGGGAAUGAAUGAAGAGGAAGAAGAGGAUUUUCAUGGAGAUGAAGCAGAUGCAGAUGAAACUGUUUUGUGUGUAGAUUCCAGUCCAGAGUUAGAGCGCAAGUGUUCUGGUGCCAGUGAUUCCAGCUCAAUGUCCCAGAUAAGCAUUCCUUUAUACCUGCCUCAGUUCCGAACGGGAGCCACCGAACUGCUCCGAGAACAAGUGGAGAACAGUGCCCUCCAUCUGUGAUAUAGUAUAGUGUCACUGUUCUCUGGAAAGAGAAUAAUACACUCUGUUAUUUUCUGCGAACUUCUGCUAAAUGCUGCUGAUGGAGUGGAUACAGGUUCUGAUGUCCUUAUUUCCGUUCAUCUUUAAGCUCAUUCCUUUGGAGAAAACCAGCUAAACUGGCCAUGGAUAAGCUGGAUUAACAGAGGACCUUCUGCAUUAAACUUGUGAUCACUUUUUUUCUCAAGCUAUAAGAGGAACGGCCAAACUUUCUAUGAAUUAAACUGUGCCUGGAGCAAACUGUGCAUGGAUCAGACAUCAGACUAUUGUCAUGCCAUGUAAUGCAGACGGACUUAAUGUUGAUUUUUGUGAUGAAUUUCAACCAGUUAUUACUGGAAUGCUUUCCUGCUUUUCAUCCUUGCCAUACUGGACGUAUCUCAUGUUCAUUGAAGGCUGAAGUCAAACUUUGAAUUACAGACUGAUGUACAGUGUUGAGAUGGGAGUAAUCAAAGUACCUGAAAGGACUUUAGUUUCUCAGACAUUGAACACACAGGACAGAGCAGCGUUCUUCAUUUUUGUAAUUGAUGCAAAAUAGCUAAAGAGGUGAAAAGGAAUUCACUGAAUCUGUGACUGACGAUUUAAAUAGUUAUAUUUACAUUUGAAUAUGAAUGUAUUUUGUCAUUGAUGUUUACAUUCUAGAAAAGGUCAAAGCAUUGAAACGUCCCAUCUAUUUUCACUGUCUGAAAAUUUUGUAUUGCAAUCUGUUUAUGAUGACCAUUUGAAUGUUUCUGACAGUGAUUGAAUCUGUUUAAAAUGUUAUAAUGUAUCUAAAGAAUGCCUGUACAGUGUAUAAAUAGUUCCUGUCUAUUUUUCUGGUCAGAAUAAACUAUUUAUUGCCAGCACUUACAACCAUUA